AUGUCUUUAAACAAAGGAAGACCUGCGAGUGCUGGUCAAAGUUUACCAAAAGAUAUUGAUAAUAUAUAUUAUACAGCUUUCAGUGAAUCUAUUAUUCUUGGCUGUUUUUAUGAUGCAAGAAAGUGUUCUGUACUUUCUCAAUUACCAUUAAACAAGAAAUUAAUAAUUAAUUCAGCACAGUAUAGAUCGGUGACUUGUACAAUAAUGACAGAUAAUACAUUGGAUAUUGAAGAUUUUUUUCGUACGAUUGGUAUCACUGAUGAGUUAUGGUUAAAUUUAACGUUAAAUAGCAUACCUACAGAAAACAUGGGAUUAUUAUGUUAUUAUUCUUUUGCGAAAAAUACAAACACUCGAUAUCUCUAUUAUUAUUAUGUAAGUGAAGAAAAUUCGAUUUCAUCGGAAAAGAACGUAGUUAAAAUAGGACUUCCUACAGAUAUACCUCACUUUAGUACAACUCAUGUUAUUUCUACAGUUAGAGUAGGAAUUCAGGCUUUUAUUGUAUUACAACUAUCUUCGAAUGAUCAAAUAAAUCUUGACCGUUUACUUGAAAAAAUAAAGGAUCAAUUGAUUAUGAACAAAUUCGAACUAUCAAAAGUUGAUAAAUUGUUACUCAAUGAAAUUACCGUUACAAAAAUCUUCUCCAAUACACAAAGUUUACAUCAAUUCUCAAAAUUAGAAGACAUUUGUCAAACUAUAAUACAGAUGAAAGUACACAGCUACAAACAUUCUCCAUUACAAUAUGCACUUCGUCCAAUUAAUUGGUUUUAUCCAACUUAUCCUACGGAAAAAGCAAAAUAUAUUGCACUUGAACAAGAGACUAUAAAAAUAAUCAAAAAAUAUUUACUUCAUUUAUUAUCUAAACUAUCAGACAUAAAGAUUUGCUUUAAUUCCAAAGUGAAACAUACACUUCAAAAAUAUUUAGAAGUACAAUAUGAUACACUUCGACAACAAUUUAUAAAUGUAGAUACAAUUUAUUCAAAUGAAAUUAAGCGUCUUCGUGAUUUAGUUAUAAAAAUGCGUCAUGGUAAAACUGAACAAAAAAUGAUAGAUGAGUUGUUAGUUGAUAAAUCUAACGAUUCAUUAGAAAAUAAUUUAGAUCAUACGAAAAAAUAUAUUCAAUCUUUGACUGAAAAAGUGCAAUUAAUCAAUGAACUUAAUGAACAAAAUAUUAGUUAUUUGAAUAUGGCACAUUUACUUACUCAAGCAAAUCAUGAUUUAAAUACAAUUUUUCAAGACAUACUUCAGGACAAUAAAUCACAACUUAUAUUUUGUUCUUCGGAUCAUUUAAAAGAUGGAAAUUCAUCAUCAUGGACUAUUCAAUAUGCCAAUUGGAUGAAAACAUGUGAAACUGAUCCGUCGUUAACACUUGUCUAUGCUGAUUUCUCUUACAGUUCAUUUCAUUUGACAGAAGUAAGGAUAUUGCGAGCUAUAUCAUUGCAUGAUGCCACAAAAAAACUAAACUAG